UGGUCUGCUGCACUUUUCCUUCGCUGCCAUUGUCGGAGGCACGGAGAGAAACAUGGCUUCAUUGUUGCUGUGGCUCUUCAGUAUCGGAGCCUUGUUCUUUUCUUCUAAUGCACAGGACACUUACGACAAACUUUCUGAACCCUACAAGAAGGGAGUAGAUCUGGUCCUGGAGAAUCUCAACUCCCGCACUGGAAUGGUGCAUCAUUUUCUGUUCUUCAAAAGUGUCCAACAGUCGGACAUUGAGCAUGGUUUUGACGUGAGCUUCAUCUACCACCACUUUUACUGUAAAGCCACCAACUGCCCAAAAGGAACAGCUGACACCACACGGUGUCAGUUCAGGAACGACAGACCGCUGAUCGACUGCGCCAUCUGUUACAAAACGUUCAGAGGAGACAUUGAACAAGAGCCAAAACCUUACAUUCACUGCGUGCACAAACCAGCCUAUACAGCGGAUAUGAAGCAGACCAGAGUAGAUCACUGCAACUUAAUGACGUACAGCAGUGGAGCUGCAACUCUUCUGGCGUCAACAGGAAACUCGUGAAAACUUUCUUGGGAUGCGUAUAUAUGAUUGUUUAGUAACUUUUAUUAACUGAAAGAGGACGACUAACUACACUCUUGUGAAGUUUUCUCCCCAUGGUGUUAUCAUUUUGUUACAUUUGAAUUAGAUAGUUUCACAAAGUAUUAAUAAAGCUGUACUUCUGUCAACAAUUGAGCAUUGGUGUGAACUGGGUACCCCUGACAUGCAUCCCUCCUGUUCUGUCUCCAUUCUUUGUUUUGAUUGAUAUGUAUAUAAUUGAAUAAAUUCGUAAAUAUGGUGGUGCAGAAAACCCCACAAACUCUAA